AUGGAGGAUAAGGAGAAAUCUCCUCGGAGGCCGCCUAGUUCCCGGUCUGAUUCUGGACUGGACAUCGACAUCCUCAACCAAGAAAACCCAAUUCAAACUCCACUCGUUCAAGAUGUCAUCCCCGAAUCCGAAGCUGAAGCAGCCAUUGCUAACAUCCAAGUUACGGCCGAUGGACCAGAUAUGUCCCGCAAUAUUGCCCAAAAGCAUUCGCAUUUCAGAGACCACCCUAUAGAAUUUCUUCGCGAAAUUCAGAUGAUGUACUCUGGCACUGGAUGGAGAGCUUACGAUAACCCAAUUGGCCAGCCGGUAUAUUACAACGGGUUCACGGACGACAUGAAGAAGGCGAUUCUGGAGUCCAAGCUUGUCGAGAACAAGAUCCAACACCUAGCAACGGAAACUGUUGAUUAUGAAGCCGGCCAAGGCUUUCUCCCCGGCGCCAAGAAAGAGAAGAGACAGAAAGAAGUAGUGCGACAGCUGCGAGAGCUUGCUGACAGGACGGUCGAUGGCAUGAUAUGCAAGAUGGAGAGCAAAAGCUUCAUUCGAACAGCCUACUGGCUUGCAUCUCAAGUCCUCUCACGAACAUACCACCAGGGAGUUCACGUGUCCAUGGAUGAAGUCGUCACACUCACAAAGUACGCCCGUAAAGCGGCCGAAGAGAAACAGUCAAUGAUCUUUCUUCCUUGCCAUCGGUCGCAUAUAGACUACGUUUCGUUACAAGUCAUUUGCUAUCGACUAGGCAUUGCCCUUCCGGCUGUGAUUGCUGGAGAUAACCUCAACUUCCCGGUCGUUGGCUCAUUCCUUCAAAACGCUGGAGCAUUUUAUAUUCGAAGAUCGAUGGGAGACGACAAACUAUACCCAACCAUGGUCCAGGGAUACGUCGAUACACUACUUCGAAGAGGGUACAAUAUGGAAUGUUUCGUUGAGGGUACCAGAAGUCGCACAGGAAAGCUGCUGCCUCCGAAAUUUGGAAUCCUGAAUUUUAUCCUAUCCAGCAUUCUCUCAGGGAGGGUCAAGGAUUGUUUAAUCGUCCCUGUUUCCACACAGUACGAUAAAGUCAUUGAAUCCGAGAGCUACAUUAACGAGCUCCUGGGCGUUCCAAAGAAGAAAGAAAAUCUCUACGACUUUCUUAACGCGAGCUCUGUCCUCUCCCUCAAGAUGGGUAGAGUCGACGUCAGGUUCCACGAGCCCUGGAGUCUGCGCAACUUUAUUUUGAAGCAGAUGGAGAGAACCAUAACCGUGCCACCAACUCUAGCGGCUCCACAGGAUGGUGCCGUAAUGGAAGAAAUUGUCCUUACACAGGAUCAACGUGUGAGGUUGCUUAGGAGUCUAGGAUAUAAAGUUCUUAGCGACAUCAACAGUUGUUCCGUCGUGAUGCCUACGGCACUAAUAGGAACAGUGCUACUGACACUGCGGGGAAGGGGUGUUGGAAAAACCGAACUUAUCAGACGUAUAGAAUGGCUAAAGUGUCGGAUCAUUUCUAAAGGUGCCAAGGUGGCUCAUUUCGGUGGGGUUGGAACGGAGGCGGUGGUUGAGAAAGGUCUCGAGGUUAUUGGGGAUCUUGUAGGCAAGCUCGAUAACCUUGCCGAGGAAACCUAUUAUGCCGUGGAUCGGUUCCAACUCUCCUUCUACCGCAAUAUGGUCAUUCACUUAUUCAUCCUAGAGGCCGUGGUAUGUGCGGCCAUGUACACAAAGAUCAAACAAGGCGGCGGCCCUGCGAACCAACGUAUCGGCUGGCAACAACUUUACGACCAUGUUUCCUUUAUUUCUCGUCUAUUCCGAAAUGAAUUCGUUUUUCCUACGGAAGGUCUCGUCACAAAUCUUCGGAAAACUCUCCGAGAGCUAGGGGCCGACGACGUGAUUAAUGUGGUACAUUCCAAGAGCUCACCGGAUGAGGUGGACUACGUUGAGCUUAGUCCACGAGAACGCGAGAGGGGCAGAGAAAACUAUGACUUUUAUUGUUUUAUGAUCUGGCCAUUCAUCGAAGGUGUAUGGCUUGCAGGUGUUGCCGUAGUGGGGAUAACACCCCCCAUAGGGAAAGACGGGGUGGAUGAAGGUUGGGUGGAUUCCAAGCGAUUCUUGGAUGUAUCGCAGCUGCUAGGAAAGACGCUUUAUCACCAAGGCGACCUUAGCUACUUCGAGGCGGUGAACAGCCAAAGCUUGAAGAAUGCCUUUACUCAGUUUACAAGUGAUCACAUACUUGAGGUGAAGAAUGGAAAGACAAGAAUAAAUCCCGAAUGGCGUCCGAAGAUCGGAUCGGAUGGGAAGAUAGAAAUGCAAGGGAAACUCUGGGAAAUGGUUGAAAAGAUCGCGGUAACCCGCAGAGAAGGAAAGAAUAGGAGAGACAGCCAGACUGUCGGGUCUAGAGUUCUGAGCUUGGCUCAGAAAUUAGGGGUUGGAUUGUUUGAAGCGGAGGAGAUGGAUGUUAAGUCGGAAGGGAAGAAGAAGAAGAAGCCCAAGAAGGGUUGGCUGAGGGCUAUGUUGUAA